AUGGAUGUCCUAACUAGUCUCAUCAACUACGGAAUUGGCACAAGGGCUAAGAACCACCCUGACGGCUUGGCUCCGUGGAAAGGCAUUUCUCUCUUCCUUGGAUCCCUUACCAUUGUUCUCUCCGUCAUCACCUACUUCGUGUUCGGAACUCCCCGAGAGGCCAGGUGGUUGACCGCUGAAGAAAAGCGAAUUGCGCAGGCGCGUGUGGUCAAGAGUCAAACGGGAUCUGAUAUUGAGAAGCGCCCAUGGAAGUGGGAUCAGGUCGCCACCACAUUCCGCGACCCCCAAACCUACUUCCUCUUCUUCCUUGUCAUCAUCAACUCCAUCCCCAACGGUGGUACUACAUCCUUUGGCAACCUUGUGUAUGUCUCAUUCGGAUUCACUGCGCUCGACACCAUCGUCAAGGGCAAGAUUCCUCAGCAGCUUCUGUCCAUCGUUUGGUUCCUCGUUGCCGGUUAUAUCACACUGAAGAAGCCUGGUCUUCGAUUUUAUAUCAUGAUGUUCUCGGUUAUCCCUGCUUUCGCUGGCAUGCUCGCCCUGGCUCUCCUUCCCCAUGACGGGAUGCUUUGGACCCGAUGGGGCUGCUACUUCAUCACUAUCAUCGGCAACGUUGCCGGUCCUCUUAUUUGGACCUUGGUCCCUUCCAAUAUCGCCGGCCGAACGAAGAAGUCUGUUACCGGAACGGUACUAUUUAUCGCAUACUGCACUGGCAACUGCAUUGGAGCCCAGGUUUUCCGAGCCCAAGAUGCUCCUCGCUACAUUCCGGCUAUCAUUGUCUGUUCUACCAUGUACGGCCUCGAGUUUGUAGUCAUGGUUGCAUGGAGAUACUACUAUGUCUGGCAGAAUGCUCGCCGCGAUCGCCUCGUCGCUGCCAUGGGCAUGACGCCUGAGGAAUCCCUGCAUCAAGGCAGCCUCAAUGCUGAAUCAGACAUGACCGAUGUGGAGAAUGUUCAUUUCAGAUACAGCUACUAA